ACUCUAACAUAAAACUUGUCGUAUGAAAACUAAAAAACGUUUUCUACCGGUUUCGGGUUUUCAGCGAAAAUUGUGAUGUUUAUGUAAAUAAAUUAGUUUCAACUACCUUAUGUUAUUUAUUUAGGUUUAAUCGGUGUAAUAACUUCACUGAAGUGCGUUAUGUUUAAAUUAGUGAACAAUGGAUGAACACAACAGUAACCCAAUCUUGCAGCCUUCAGCUUCGUCUGGGACAGCGAAUUUAUUUUUACUGCAGCUAGGUUCCACUUCAGAAGCUAUACCUUUGCACCUGUUUAUUAACGAAGUAGAAUGUGGAAAUAAGCAAUAUUUUUUACCAUUACUGAACACAAAGCAGAAUGAGUCUCAACAACGGUUAAUUGAAAAGAAAACAUUCAAAGAUAAUACGAUUGGAACCAGCAAUGGACAAGUAAUGGAAAAUGAAAUAAUAGCAUACCCGAGCACAUGUAAAGUCACAGAACCGAAUGAAAAUAUAUUGCUAUCAACCGUAAAACCAUCUGCAGUUGAAGUUACAUCACCACAAAUUCAAAAUAAUAGACAUUCCCCAGAGAGAAAAAUAAAAACCGUACUGAGAGAAGGACACAGUAGUGGGAACCCAAAAGGAUGCAACCAGGUCCAAAGUUUAGCCUUUAGUACCCACAUUCCAGACCGUGUGGUGCCACCUAGGGCCAUAGCGGUACUACCACUAGCACUUCAAUUACGUCGUAACUGUAUAUCUCCUCGACGCUCAUUACCGCCAUGUGUCCGCUUUGGACCGGUUCAAGGUGUCACAAAUAGAAUAUUCCCAGCGGAGGCUGACGAGUUGAUGAUGGAGGCAGCUGUUGCUAAAAUUGCCAUAUUUUUGUUGAGAAGAGAUGAGGAAUCUGUAGUUCACAUUGAUGUCUCUGAUAUGGAAAGAUCAAACUGGCUAAGUCUUCUACCACUCGGUGACGAAUGCACGGCGAAUGUAUGGAUAUAUGAGGAGGAUAAUGAAUUAUACGGUGUGACGACACAGGCCAUAGCCCCGCGGACACCAAUGGCUCUCGGGUAUUGUAAGAAGUAUGCAGAGAAACACAAGCUGCCGCCAGGACAACCAGUGUUGGACCUCGAAGAAGCAUUGUCAGCCAGUCCCAAACAAUGGUGGUGUUACGAAUGUCGGCAAGCAUUCGGAUCUGUUGGGUUGCUUCAACGUCACCAAAAUAUAUGCCAUAAGGACGAACAACCUACACGUCGAAAGUACAGGUGUUCAUAUUGUUCACGGACGUUUUCAAGACUGUUUACAUUAAAAAGACAUAUGACGAGAUUUUGCACUAACAAAACUGAAAAAAUGAACUCUAGUAUUGCGGAACAGUCUGAAGCAAAGGCGAAAAUCGAUGAUAUUGACUUUAACCAAAGUACGGAAGACAACAGAAUACCCUCGGAUGAAAGUUUUCAGAACUACACAACUGGUCUCGACUUCUCUACAAACCUUUUCGACACGGAUCGUAUGCCCAAUCUAGAUAUGUCCGGCAGUUCUAGAUCGGAGAGUGAUUUUUUACCUUAUCCUCUCGGGAUAAAGUUGGAAAAUAAUAUGGAGGAAUCCCUUUCUACACUAGAGACUGAUGUUAAAAGCAAAGUCAAAAAUGAGGAGAUAUUUGUAUCAUGUGUACAUUGUAAUCAAAUUAUUUCAAAGGCAAAAAAACGUCGGCAUAUAAGAGAGUGCCCAUCACGGCGUUUCGAAUGUGAGUGUGGACAGAUAUUCCGAAAGAAAGAUAGUCUCGCUCAACACAUCUUUUUAGAACACAAAGAUAGAACUUCAAACUCUUCUGAAAGUGUGAACCAAAAGAUUAAAGAGGAGCCAAAGGACCAUAGUAGAGAAACACCCUAUAAAUGUGAAGAGUGUAGAGUAUAUUUUAAGCGUCGCGGUAUGCUAGUGAACCACCUAUGGCGCGUGCACAACACGGUGGGCGCAGUACCGCUAGAGAAGCGCGUGCGCUUCUAUCCGUGCACUUUGUGCCCCAACAUAUACCGCACGGCUGCCAAGCGGGAUCGACACGUGCAGGUGCAUCAUCCAGGCGCAGAAUUAAUCCGAGCGCCACCAAUAGAGGGUGAACGUCGGUCGUACGAGCCGGCCCGCUGUCCCGCCUGUCCACGCCAGUACAACACGCGCGCGAAAAUGCUGCAACAUCUACGAGCGCAACAUCCACACUUGGCUAUGCCAGCGAGAACUAAAACGCAAAUGAAAUCACCUAUCAAGAACAAAUCUCCGAAAUCGUCAUUCUACGACACAGUGACACAACCACCACUAAGUUUUGAUUGAUAUAAUUUGAUUGAUAAUUUCAGUUUUGAAACUUUUACGCUUAAUAAAAUUUUGACUUUA